AUGAACGAUCCCCUCGACGGACUCGACGCCUCGCUACGGGACUUCGAACCCCCAGCAAGCCCGUCGCUGCGCCACUCAGUCCUCCGCCACAGCGAGGCAGCCAUGACGGAAGGGGAUCUCGAGGACUCGGAACUCGCUUCCGCCGGUGGGUACUCGCCGCCGGCGUGGCGGAGACUCGGCAACGGCGACCGGAGCAGCGGCUUCUGGAGGGGCCCCCAUGAUGUGCUGGCCACCCUGCCGCCGCUGCGAGAGCGCUUCCCGGCGCUGGACGACGACUACGACGACGACAGCGAGGACGACUUGGUCCUCGAGAGAGCCAUCCGCACGAGGUUGCCCAAGGGCAGCGCGAGCCCGAGCAAGGGCCGGAGCUUGAGCCCGGAGAGGACCGAGGACCGCACUAUCCAGGUCAACAUGGAAGACCGGACGCCGGCGCCAACAACCGCCGUCAUGGCCGUGAGAGAUGCGCAUGCGCCGACAGAUAACUUGCGCGCCGAAGUCCAGCAGCGCACCGAACCCCUUGAAUCCGCCAUCAACGCCGUGCGCACCCAGUACACAUCCCUCACGCGGACGUGGGCGUCGACGCUCAGCUCCAUCAUCGUCGCCCUCAUCUGCAUGUCCGCCUUCAAGUCGCUGCUGCAGCCCGCCGCGACGCGCCCCGCCGGCGACCUCGUCAAGGUGGCCGGGCUCGCGCGCUCCUUCGAGCCGCUCAUCUACUACUCCGAGCACGCCGUCGCCCAGGUCCACGACCUCCAGGCCACCAGCGUCGCCGUGUGGGACCUCGGCGAGAGCGUGCGCACCAGCGACAUGCGCGAUGCGCCGAGCAUCGUCGCCGACCUGGACGCCCUCAGCGAGACGAUGAAGACGCUGGCCAUUGAGAUGACCAAGUUCUUUGCGCGCGUCGACGGCGACAUUGAUGGCAUCCUCAACGUCAUGGACUGGGCCAAGAUGCACCUCCACCGCCUCAACUCCUCCCCCGCCCCCUCCACCCUCUCCUCCGCCUACGACAACCUGCACAACCUCCUCUCGCAGGCGUGCAUCCUCGAGGACGCCGCCGGCUCGCCCACGUCGCUGGGCCGCGUGACGACGCACGUCUUCGGGCUCAGCAACCCGCAGCGCGAGCAGCGCAUGGUGCAGCUGCUCUUCACCGAGUUCCUCGCCGUGCUCGAGGACAGCAUCCAGGCCGAGCUGCAGCACAGCGUCACCCUGUUCGCCCUGUUCGAGGCCGUCGACUUCCACUUCCUCAACCUCGCCCGCACCGUCGUCCGCGAGUCCUCGGCCCAGGAGGAGCUGCAUGCCGACCUGCUCGCCAGCCUGUGGACGCGCCUGCUGGGCACCCGCGCCGCCGAGCUGCGCAAGUUCGAGCAGAACCGCCUCCUGCUGCGCAACGUCCGCGACAAGACGGUCCGCAACAAGGGCAUCCUCGUCGAGCACAACGGCAAGCUCCUCACCCUCAAGGCUUCCCUCGAAACCCUACGCAGCAAGCUCGUCUCGCCCCUCGUCCGCGGCGUCAACUCCACCACCCUCACCCUCGACGACCAGAUCCGCGGCCUCAGCGACGUCAGCGAGUACCUCGGCGGCGUCCGCAAGCAGCAGAAGGGCAAGGUCAUGGAGUCGCUAUUUGCGAGCGUCCCUGGUAAGAAGUACAUGAUUGACGAAGGUCGCCAAGCCAUCAUUGGCGGCGGCUAUUAA